AACAACGCGCAUCUGUGAAUACCCAGGAAUCAAUGGAUCUACCUGGCAUUGUGUGUUUACCAUUGUAGGGCGGUGACAUUCGGUCUCGCCUUGUGUAGCACCAGUAAUGAUGUAGGGAAGUGUCAGUCGGGGAGGAUGGAAGCACCGUGUGACGGGUGUGUCUGAGGCUGAUGAUCAGUUGACUGCUGACUGUUGACACUGACUGUGGAUGUUGACACUGUCUGUGGAUAUUGACACUGCCUGUGGAUGUUGACACUGCCUGUUGAUGUUGACACCGACUGUGGAUGUUGACAAGGUGUAACCGAACGGAUUUAACCCUGUGGUAUCAACUUAAGCAGCCAUGUCCAGUCGGAAGACAUUUCCCGGAAUGGCCAGUCACACCGUCACCAGGUCAGAGUUCGAAGACGGGAUAUUAAGAGACAAUGCGAGAUUUGACAACAGACUAGACAAUGAGAAACGACACGUAGAUAAGGCUAAGCGGGUUGUGGUUCGUGAGUAUGACAAGGAGAGCCAAAUGCUAAAGCAGAAAAUGGCAUCUGCAGCUCAGAGGAAACCUACGUAUUAUAGUCAGACAUCUGUUCCAAAUGGGGCAACUGGAAAGAAUACGGGUUCAAGAGUGAAUACAGGUCGUUCGUCCAGACUUAUCCCCGACUAUGAGUACAAACAGUAUAGGAUGCGACAGAAUACCGACCAAAACGAUACCGUUAAGCAGACGACAAUUGAAACAAAGCCCGAAAAGACUCCGAAGGUAGCCGACGAAGCACCCAAACAACAAAACGACACCGACGUGACCGAUGAAAAACGAGAAGCGAAUGGCAGUGCGAAUCUUGAUCUUCCUGACAAUUACGUUUCCACAAGACGAACACGACCCCCAGAGAACUUCUGGACUAACCUCAGUACACCCAGACAUCUUUCAAGCGUUCGCAAUGUACGGGAAAGACUUGCUAAGGAAUUCGGCAAGCCUAAAUCCAAGUCCUCAUCUCAAAGACCAAAUGGCACGGGGCGUUUACCAUUAGUACAAGGAACACGUAUGGAUAAAAAGUGAUAGCUAAAUCUGUGUGAAUAAUAUCUAUUUAGUCAGCAUAAGGUGGAACUGCCUCCAACAGUUAUUGCUAAGGUGCCGAGGCUGUAGCUUACUUCAAAGCGGUUGUGGAUAUGUGUGUGCAGCCGAGUAAUGGCGUCUACUGGCAUCGAUGCCAGGCCCUGGUUGUGUUAGUAACGGUGGUAAUUUCACGAUCUUGACACGUAAGAAUUCGGCACAACUGUGGAGGACAUCAGCGAAGACUGCACGCCACAACAGGUGGAGGGAAACACGAAGGGGAGAUAAUCCAUUCUCUUGGAUGUUAGACUAACAUUCUGCACGGAAAACAAUUCUGGAUGACUGUGUUUUUCGAAAUGCUAACACAGAGUACUGUGUCUUUACAUAAACAGUUCCUGUGGAAGUAAAUCGUGUGAAAACAAUAAGGAUAAAUGCCUAUAUGACUGAGGCGUGCUCGUCUUGUUUCUGGGUUCGAACAGAAACGGAUUACUCGUUAUGUUAUUUCGUUUUCCAUAAUGUCUUUGAGUUAUUGUGUUGGUAAAUAAUGGGUUUAUGUAUGCAAUAGUCUUUAGGUACAUAAGUUCUUUUUGAUCAGAGGUUCUCAUAGUUCUAUCAGAAUAGACUAAGAGAUUUAUUUUUAUAAAUUAUCACUUGAUUUAUUGAUUAAAAUAGUGCAAUCACAAUAAAAAUUCAAUUCAAAUUUA